AUGACGACCUCAUCCUCCUCUGCCAAGCUCCCUGCAUACCAAAGACUCAAGCAUGAUGAUGAUCAAGAUGGGCUUGAACUUGAUGAUGAUUUUGAUUAUGGAAGAGUGAGAGUGUUGGCGAGAUCAAGGAGUACUAGUUGGUGCAAGUUCAGAUUCAGAAAGGUUCAUAUUAGGAGGAGGAGAUCAUUCAAGCUCAAAGUUCCAAGCUUGAAGAGGCUCUUGUUCUUGAGGAGGAAAAUUAGGUUGAUCUCUGCUCUCAGAGCUUCAUGUGCUAAAGUGUUGCAGAGAUUCAAGGAAGGGCAAGGCCACUUUGGUGAUCUUUUUGCUGGCAACUACUUGUUCCUGCAAGUCAAUCCCAGCUCGUUGAAGAGCCUUCACAAGGCUGCCUUGCCCUCAAACUAUACCCUCCCAAUCCCAACAACAAAUAUUGCUUAA